UUUCCCCAGUAGACCUAGAUCUCGUCGUCGAACUAAACCGAAGGCACCAGUUGUUCCCACCGCUCUGUCACUCACCGGAGAUGCUUCCUUCUCUGUUUUUCCCGGGCAACUGUCACAGUCUCUGUUCAUCUUGUCAAUCGGUUCAAAAUCUAGGAUUUUCUCCAGUGGACCUAGACAUUAAUGACGACCUCUGCCGCGGCCACCAACAACCCCCGCCGAGCUCUCAUUCACCGGAGAACAUCCCUGCACCGCAGCCAUCUCCGCUAAACUCGGGCGGCCGACAGAACCAACUCCCAUGGUGCUUCUCUCUUGGGAUCCUAGGGUUUUCCCUAGUGGAUUUAGGGUCCAAUAUAAGCCCAUUAGCCCAAAAACGGUAUGCACUAAUAUGCUCUUCUCGAGAAGGGGAAAGUUAAAAGUCGAGACUCUCUGUAUCACCCCUCAUGUCGUACCAGUGUCAAGCUAUGUCUGCGUGCCCUCUACUCAAUGGUCGAAGACUCCAUCGGAGAAAGCAAAAGUGGUAUGUUGUAUCUUGAACGCCUUAUGUUCAUUAACGGCUACCAAUCAAGCUGGUCAUCUGAUGAUUUACAGCAUCGUACCCCAACCUCCUCCCUCACAUGGAUUCAAGCUGCAUCUCCUGAUUUUCCUCAGAAUGAUCCAAACCCUAUGCUUUGGAUGUUAAAGCAACCCCUAUCUGACUACAACAACAUAGUCACCCGAUUCCUUGCCGUGCUGUUACUGCGGAUACUCUUCGUCCCGGUGAACACCAACACAUUGAAUCAUCUCUCGACGUCACAAUGUCUAAUGACGACCAUGACAACUAAUCCGUCCUUUGAAGCUUUUGAGGAUGGACUCUCGAUUUCCAUGAUCUCUCAUGUGCCUUUAGGCUCCCAAGCCUUUGGUCUCAUAGCUCUCUUGGAUCCAAAAUCGAUGAACUCUUGUUUACUUCUUUUUGGCAUUGGGGAUUGCCGUGUUAUUGUAAUGUCUCAAACUUUAGCAAGUUGCUCCUUCUCUGUACUGAUACUAGUGUUUCAUAUUGAAUGA